GCACAGUGAUUGCAACUUUUUCAUGAAUUGAAUCUCUUUUAAUCUACUUACAAUGGACAUGUGAAAAGCCGUGCUUUGUGAUUGCAAAACUAGAAAUAUGAUGCGUAGGCAAUUUCUUCUAGAGUUUAACGAACACUAACAAAGCGAACGACAGUCAACGAAUGCAUAAUACGGAAAUCCUGCUGUCAAUAAAAGAGAACAAACAAACCAAUAAACCAAAAGCGAAAAGCAAAAACAAAAAUAAACAGUUGGUGCUACUCAUGUGCUAUGUACUGUACCCUAGUGCAAUAUAGGGUGCCCGACUCUGUAUAAUAAUAUAUGGUACACUCAGCCAGUGGUGCUCGGCCAGUGAGAGACGAAAAGAAAUAACAAAAUACGAAACAAAAAAAAACAAAUACAGAAGGAACUCAGUGCUCUUGUAUACGAGCUCAAACGCAUAUGUAUACUCGUACAGGAAGUGUUCAUGUAUAUCCUGUACACCUAGCCUAAGAUUUAUACAAAGAACCGUACUCUGAGACAGAAAAAAAAAAAAAAAAAAGAGAGAGAAAAAAUAAAAUAAAAGGAAUUACCUAAUUACAUAAUAACAAUUUAAAAAAAAAAGCAACAAACGAACCACAGUAACUUUUUAUUUUAAGUCUCGUAACAAUCGAAAGGUGUGAGGCCAAACUGACCCCGUCGCCGCCAUGUAUGGAAUGCAAGAAUAUGUUCAUCCUCCACCGGAAAUGCAAUAUUUCCCCUUCAAGCGGGAACAUGAGAUCUUCAUGCACAAGUCUGCGAUGCAGAUGCACAGUCGGGAGGCGCACCGCAGCGAGGUGAAGCCGCACCAGUGCCAGCAGUGCCUCAAGUCCUUCUCCUCCAACCAUCAGCUGGUGCAGCACAUCCGGGUCCACACCGGGGAGAAACCCUACAAGUGCUCCUACUGCGACCGCCGCUUCAAGCAGUUGUCCCACGUUCAGCAGCACACCCGACUACACACUGGUGAGCGCCCCUACAAAUGCCACCUUCCGGACUGCGGCCGCGCCUUCAUCCAGCUGUCGAACCUGCAGCAGCACCUCCGGAACCAUGACGCGCAGCUGGAGCGCAUGAAGAACCGGCCGUUCCACUGCAACAUCUGCGGGAAGGGCUUUGCCACUGAGAGUUCGCUUCGGACCCACACAUCUAAGCACGCCGUCCACAUCGGCGGGCCUAACGCCGUCCACUGCCCCCAGUGUCACAAGUUCUUCAUGAACGGCGAACAGCUCAUGGACCACAUGAAGCUGGUACACAAGGACCCCAACGCCUCAGGCGUCGGAGCGAAGCGUCGCACGGCCUCCCACUCGUGCCCCGUGUGCGGGAAACACUACGUGAAUGAGGGCAGCCUCCGGAAGCACCUGGCAUGUCACCCCGAGACCUCGCAGUUCACCUCCUCACUCAGGAUGUGGCCCUGCUCCGUGUGCCACGCUGUCUUCACCCACGAGUCAGGUCUCCUGAACCACAUGGAGCACAUGAGGAUGGACCCGAAGCACCAGUUCGCCGCCCAGUACGUCCUCUCCCGAGCCGCCGCCGAGCGACGCGAACGAGAGAGCAUUCUUGGCCUGGCCCAAGUCGGCCUGCAGGGCGGAGGCAAUCACAUGGGCAUGGGCAUGGGCAUGGGGAUGGGCAUGGGCAUGGGAAUGGGCAUGGGAAUGCCGCACCAGAUGCAGCACCAGGUUCAGCACCAAGCGCCGAUGUCCAUGGCAGCCUCCCCGUCCACCCAGAGCGACGCCUCCUCCCGGAUGUCGACGCCUGCGGAGAAGUUGGAGUCCGGGAUCGGCCGCAUGCCUUCCCCGUCGGACGCCCUGCGCUCCAUAUCCAGCCACCAUGACGUCAUGAACCACAUGCGCCCGCACCCCACCGACAACAUGCGCGCCAUGAUCAGCCAGAGCCAGGCAGAGCUCGUCAAGUCCACGCUAACAUCGCAAGCCGAGAGCAUCCGCAACGCCAUGGCCUCGCAGGCUGAAGUCAUCCGUUCUCUCUCCAACCACCAGCACGGACUGCAGCCAUUGCAGCAGACGCCGCAGCAGCAACAACAGCAGCAGCAGCAGCAACAGCAGCAGCAACAACAACAGCAGCAACAACAGCAGCAGCAGCAACAGCAGCAGCAACAACAGCAGCAGCAGCAGCCGCCGCAGCCGCAGCCCAGCGGCCACCAGGCCCCCGAGUCCAUGGGGUCUCCCCAGCCGGACAUGCGUGACAUGCGUGACCUUCGCAUGGGCGGCGGAGGCAUGGAGGCGGCCCUGCGGACCGCGCAGGCGGAGGCGGCGUUGCGGCUAGCGAACCACGAGGGCCGCCCGUCGCCGCAGCACCAGGGCGAGGUGACCGACGCCCUCCGCCUUCAGGAAAUGCGAAUGGAACACGCUCUUCGCCUCCACGGCGACCCGCGAGCACUGCCCACCUCCCUCCCCGGCCCCCUGGGGUUCCCCCUGGCCCCGCCUCAGCACCAACCGCAGCAGCAGAGCGCCUGAACACAACUCCCGCCC